AAGCAGAGCGGAGGAGCCGCGGCUCCUCAGUCGUCAACAGACGGUGGCCUGCACCUCAAGGGUAGGCAACCGACCAGCAUGAGCGAGCAGGACGACGACGUCUUCUGGAUCGCCGAGGCCGAGAAAGAGAGACUGCUCGAAAAUGAGUACAAAUUAGGGGACAUUGUUGGAAGGGGGGCAUCUUCAAUUGUGUACAGGUGCCUGCACAAAGGUCGGACGGAAUGGGCUUGCAAGGUGUUUCGCAAGUCAGGGCUCAACCGGCGGGCUGCGCAAACAGAGAUCGGAGUUUUGGUAAAGCUACGUCACCCCAACAUUAUCGGACUGCGAGAGGUGUUUGAAACGAGCACCGAGAUCCAACUGGUGCUCGAGUUGGUCACCGGCGGCGAAAUGUUUGAGCGCAUCGUUGAGCGCGGCCACUACAGCGAGCAGGACGCCGCGUGCGCCCUCAGGCAGAUCCUCGACGCCCUCCAGUACCUGCACGCUAAUGGAGUUGUCCAUCGGGACAUCAAACCGGAAAAUCUUUUGUACGAAACGGAGGACGACGACUCAAAAAUCAAACUGGCCGACUUUGGCCUCAGCAAGAUGGUGGUGACACACAACAACCCUGGCAUGACCACCCUGUGCGGUACCGUUGGCUACUGCGCGCCAGAAGUGCUUUUGCAAAAGAAUUACGACUCGUCGGUGGACUUGUGGAGUUUGGGCGUCGUGGCGUACAUUAUGUUGUGCGGGUUUGAGCCAUUCUGGGACGAGGCUGGCGAACUGGCCGUUUGUCGGAGAGUGGUCGAAGGCACGUUUGAAUACAGUUCACCUUGGUGGGAUGACAUUUCGGACAGUGCCAAAGAUCUUAUCACUCAGUUGCUGCAAGUGGACCCUACAAAGCGUCCGACGGCGACUGAAGCUGCAAAACACCCUUGGAUUAGGGGCCUCACUCCACUGGACUUCCACAUGACGCGGACUAUCAAGAAGUUGCGCGAAUUCAAUGCAAGGAGAAAAUUCAGGGCGGCUACGCACGCAGUGUUGGCGACGAAACGCGCCCUCUUCCUUGUGUCGCCUGCGGCACGUAAGGGGCUGAAGGGGGAAAGUUCGGAUAUUGCUGAGGCAGCAUCUUCCAAAUCCACUUGACCGCCGGUUUAAUUUUUUAGGCGUUCUAAAAUUUUAUUUGCCGCUUAAAUUCAGCGCUUUUGACUUUGAAAAUGUGGCCGAAAGAGGCUGGGAGAGAAAAGUCCCGAUUGCGGAACGACUUACUUUCUUCUGUAAAAUGUGUAUCUGAUGUGUUCCUUUGAUUUUUGUAUGCUACAAACUGGUGCAUUCCUCAAAUGUAUUUUAAGCAAGUGUAUUUUCUUGUAGGAUAAAUUUUGUGUAAAUAUUAACAAACAAACAAAAAUGUUUGAGAGAAGAAAUUUAAUAAGCUAAGCUUUGUCUAAAAAUUGUGUACAUCUUGUGUGUGCAUUAAAGCCCAGCUUCCUGAGAAAGGUUUUUUUUUAAAUCG